AUGCAACCCUCAACAAGUAUACCGUCAUUGCUCGUAUUGGCCGUUUCACUCUUCUCAGUUGUCGGAUCAGCUCUCAAGUUCGACAUCGCCGCCGAGCCUAGAGGUCAUCGACAAAGAUGUAUCAGGAAUUUUGUCGCAAAGGACACACUGGUAGUUGUGACGGCGACUGUAAGCGGACACAAGGGUGACGGGCAGCAAGUCAACAUUCACAUCAGAGAUGCAGUUGGGAACGAGUACGGACGUCCCAAAGAUGUUGUCGGCGAAGCUAGAAUGGCAUUCACUUCCCAUGCCAAUGCUGCCUUCGAUGUAUGCUUUGAGAACAACCUCGAUGAUGGCCGCCCAUAUGGCCCAACCCGUUCGGUUGAGCUUGAUGUUGAUAUUGGCGCUGAUGCGCGUGACUGGUCUGCCAUUCAAGCUGCCGAGAAACUCAAGCCUGUCGAAAUUGAGUUGCGACGCAUUGAGGAGGUUGUUUCAGAGGUUGUCGGUCAAAUGGAGUACCUGCGAACGCGCGAGCAGAAACUGCGCGAUACGAACGAGUCGACAAAUGAGCGUGUGAAGUGGUUUGCCUUCUCUAUCAUGGCUACACUUGUUGGACUUGGAGCUUGGCAAGUUGUUUAUCUGAGGGCUUAUUUCAGAUCCAAGCAUCUCAUCUAG